CUGUUUAGUGUGAUUUAGCUCGACGACAGUUAGCAUGUCAAUUUAAAAAGAAGAAAACGUAUUAUUUUUGCUUGUGUGUAAAUGCUAUGAAUGUAAAGCUGCUAUAAAAAUGACUGACUCCUGCCUGAACCAGACUGACCUACGAAGACUCGCUGAAGAUGGGAAAAAUAAACUCUCAGGAGAGUUCAUCCCCUCUCCAGAACUACCGCAUUCCUGCAUGGAGGAUAAAGAACACCUGCAGGUUUACCUCAGAAUCCGACCCUUGACCUCAGCAGAAAGAAGCAAUGGAGAGUCACAGGACUGUGUUGCCAUGGAAACCCCAGAUACGGUUCUCCUGAAGCCUCCCAGUCUGUCCCUUUUGGCCCGGCUCAGCAGUGAUAAAUCCCUUCCUCAGACCGGCCAGCGCUUCCAGUUCUCCAGGGUUUACGGCCCAGAAACGACACAAAGUGAGCUUUUUGAAGGCACCGUCAAAGAUCUGGUCAAAAAUGUCCUGGAAGGAGAAAACUCUCUGAUUUUCACCUAUGGAAUCACCAACUCUGGGAAGACCUUCACGUUCCUCGGUCCCGACUCUGAAGCUGAAGCUGGAAUCCUGCCCCGGGCGCUGCGCCUCAUCUUCAGCAGCAUCGGUGACAACGUGUUCCAGGGCCUGAGCGUCAAGCCGCACCGCUGCAGGGAGUUCCUGGCUCUGAGCCGCCAGCAGCAGGCCGACGAGGCGCUGUUCAAGAACAACCUGCUCAAACAACUCAGAGAGAAUGAGAAGAGCAGCAGCAGCCUGCAGAACGCGACCAGCAAGACUUGGUUUGAAGGCUCCACGGCGCCGCAGCCCAGUACUGCAGCCCAAGACAGAAUCAUCCUGGACGUCAAACCCAACACCAAGUUCUCCGUCUGGGUCUCCUUCUGUGAGAUCUACAACGAGAACAUCCUCGACCUCCUGGAGGUGGCACAGAGCGGGGCGCUGCGCAGGCCGGCUCUGCGGCUGGCACAGGACGCCAACAGCAACUCCUACGUGAAAGAUCUACGCUGGGUCCAGGUGAGCAGUGCUGAGGAGGCGUUCAGAGUGGUGAAACUGGGCCGGAGGAACCAGAGCUUCUCCUCCACCCGCCUCAACCAACUCUCCAGCAGGAGUCACAGCAUCUUCUCCAUCCGGAUUCUGAGCGUAGAGGACAGCGACCCGCCCAGAGUCCACACCAUCAGCGAGUUGUGUCUGUGUGACCUGGCCGGCUCCGAGCGAUGUGCCAAGACUCAGAACAAAGGAGAGCGCCUGAAGGAGGCAGGAAACAUCAACGCCUCACUGCUCAGCUUGGGGAAGUGCAUCAAAGCUCUACGCUACAACCAGCAGGCCAAGCUGCUGCAGCACAUUCCCUUCAGGGAGAGCAAGCUCACACACUACCUGCAGGGCUUCUUCUGCGGCCGGGGCAGAGCCUGCAUGAUCGUCAACAUCAACCAGUGCGCCUCCAUGUACGACGAGACCCUCAACGUCCUCAAGUUCUCCGCCGUGGCCCAGAAGGUGGUCGUCCUGAUCUCCAGGCCGCUCACUGCCGUCGCGUCCUGCAGUGACUCCUCCUCCUUCAGAGCCUCAGGGAGGAGGAGCGCCGGCUGGGAGACCAGUCUGGAGGACGUUCUGGAGGAUGAGGAGGAGGAGGAGGAAGAAGAAGAAGAAGACAGUGUCAUGGAGGACACUAUGGAUCAGACGACCAACGGAGGAGAAGAAGAGGAAGUCAUCAACAAAGGGAUGCAUGAGCAGCAGGUGGCGCUGUUGAGGCAACUGCAGGUCCAGCUGAAGAUGGAGCGCUCGGAGAACCUGCUGCUGGAGGCCCGGGUCAGAGAGGAGAUCAGUCGCGAGUUCUCAGAGCUGUUCUCCGACAUGCAGAAGGACUAUGAUGAGCGCCUGGUCAGGGAGAGGGAGAUCCUGGAGGAGCGAGGUGAAAGGAGGCUGGAGAUCUUCAAGAACCUGGUCAAGAACUUGUCCUCAGCUGGCUGCAGCUCGGACUCGGUCACCAUGGACAGAUUUCUGAGCUGUCAGGCCUCUGAGCUGCCAGGUGCAUCUCACUUCAGCCUCGGAUCCGGACCGACUGAAAAGAAACCUGAAGACGAUCAGAACCACGAGCACAGAGCUGAUGAAGCAGAAGAAAAGAAAUGGCUUCUUCUUCAGCUCCAGGAGAAGUCAGUGCAGGUGGCCCAGUUGGAGCAGCAGCUGGAGGACCUGAAGAAGAAGACAGAACUGGGCUCACAGAACAGCUCUGAUCGAGGCAAAGAUAAAGAUCAGCUCCAGGAAGCUCUGACUGCGCUUCAGAAGGAGCAGACGAAGAGAGAGGAGCUGAUGGCUGCGCUGGAGUACCAGACUCUGGGGAAGGAGGAGGCGCUGGCCUCCCUCCAGGAGGAGCGCAGAGCCAGGGAGGAGGUGCAGUCUGCUCUGGAGGAGAGCCGGCAGCAGCAGCAGGAGCCCCGAGUGGCGGAGCAGGUGGAGGUGCAGACUUCAGUCCACCUGCAGCCUGCUGUGGAGGAGCUGGAGGAGAAGAUCCAGGAUCAGUCCUAUCAGAUCCACGUCCUCACAGAGGAGCUACAGCAGCUAAAGCAGCUGCACACGCCUGUUUUCUCUUACUCUGACGGCGUCGACAUCCAGCUGUGGAAGGAAGUCUCUGAGCUCAGCAAGAGGCUGGAGGAGGAGAAGAAGAGGAGCGAGACGAAGCAGAAACUCAUCCAGCAGCUGGAUGAGGAGAGGAAACAAAGAGAGGCCGCAAUAGAGCAGCAGGUCAGAGAGCUGCAGAGGAAGCUAGAGGAGCAGGAAGAACUGCGAGUCCAGCUGGAAUCCCAACGGGAAGCGUCCAAUCAGGAAGCAGAGCAGCUGCAGCUGAAGCUCAGACUGCAGCAGGAAGCUGCAGAGAAACUGAGAGACGACCUGAGAGAAGCUGAGCUCCACAGCAACACCGCCUCAACCAGCGCUGAAGACCUGCACAGGGUGAACUCUGACCUCCGGAAGGAGAUCACGUCCCUGAAGGAAGAGGCUUCCUCUGAGAUGGAGCAGAUGAGACGAGAGAAGGACCGGCAGCUGGAGGAGAAGCUGGCUGAGAUGGAGAGAAGAUCUGCUGAGAGGGAAGCAGAGCUGCUGGACGAGCUGCAGGAAGCAGAGCGAAAGGUCGCGACCCUGCAGGAGAACCUGCAUCAGUCAGAGCAAAAGGUUGCGACCCUGCAGGAAGCAGAGCAAAAGGUCGCGACCCUGCAGGAGAACCUGCAUCAGUCAGAGCAAAAGGUUGCGACCUUGCAGAAGAAUCUGCAUCAGUCAGAGCAAAAGGUUGCAACCCUGCAGGAAGCAGAGCAAAAGGUCGCGACCCUGCAGGAGAACCUGCAUCAGUCAGAGCAAAAGGUUGCGACCCUGCAGGAAGCAGAGCAAAAGGUCGCGACCCUGCAGGAGAACCUGCAUCAGUCAGAGCAAAAGGUUGCGACCCUGCAGGAAGCAGAGCAAAAGGUCGCGACCCUGUCGGAGAACCUGCAUCAGUCAGAGCAAAAGGUCGUGACCCUGCAGGAGACCCUGCAUCAGUCAGAGCAAAAGGUCGCGACCCUGCAGGAGACCCUGCAUCAGUCAGAGCAAAAGGUCGCGACCCUGCAGGAGGCAGAACGAAAGAUUGCGACCUUGCAGGAGAAUCUGCAGGAGUCACAACAACGGGCCGUAACUCUGCAAAGGAAACUGCAGGAAGUUGAGCAACAGGUCGCGACCUUGCAGGAGAAGCUGCAGGAAACAGAGCGACGGGAGGAGGAGAAGAACCUUGCUGUCCAGGAAUUGAGGAGGAAGGAGGUGGAGCGGCGGCAGGAGCUGCUGGCUGUGGCUCAUGAGGCCUUAGCUGAGAAGGAUGCCGAGCUGGAGAAGAAAGCCGGGGAGAUCAGCAGGCUGAAGCUGGAGGCUCAAGAGGAGGCGCAGCAGGUGAAGAGCCUCCGUCUGGAGCUUCAGAGGAAGGAGGACGACUCGUCAGACCUCAGAGAGAAGCUGGCUGACUACAGGAAGCAGGUCCAGCAGGUCCAGAAGGAGGUGUCGGCCAUGAGAGCAGAGGAGACGGCCCUGAAGCAGAAGCUUUCUGACGCGGAAAAAACCAAGAAGCAGCUGCAGUCGGACCUGAGCAGCAAAGACAGAACCAUCCAGCAGCUCAGAGCCGAGCAACAGGACUCUAAGGCUGCCCAGCUCUACCAGGAGGCCUGUAAAGAGCUGCAGGCCAAGCAGCAGGUGAUGGAGGACAUGCGGCUGGCGCUGACGGAGCAGGAGGAGACGCAGCAGCAGAUGGAGCAGGUCCUGGACGACAAGAUGCGUCUGAUGCAGGAGCUCUCUGCAGAGGUGGAGAAGCUGAAGGGGAAGCUGCUGGAGCAGAACAGAGGGUCCGGCCGACCUUCAGACGACCUCGGGCUGGCCAGAGACGAAGCUUCCCGAGCCCAGCAGAGCUUAAAGGUGUUGACAGAGAAACAGCAGGCUGAACGCAGGAAGUGGCAGGAGGAGAAGCUAUCUCUGAUUGGCCAGGCCAAAGAGGCAGAGGACAAGAGGAACCAAGAGAUGAGGAAGUUUGCUGAAGACCGAGAGCGCUACUGUCGCCAGCAGAGCCUCCUGGAGUCCAGGCUGGAGGAGAAGGAGGCAGCCAUGGAGAGCUGGAGGGCGGAGCGGGACACGCUGGUCGCCGCUCUGGAGGUGCAGCUGCAGAAGCUGCUGGCCAGCCAGGCGGACAAAGACAAGCUCAUCAAGGAGCUGCAGCAGCAGAGCGCAGCAUCACCAGCAGGGGCUAAUGGUGGCCGUCGUUCUCUCAGAGUGGCAGAGCUGCAGGCAGCUCUAGCGGAGAAGGAAGCAGAGAUUGAGCGGCUGAAGGAAAACCUCCAGAAAAACACAGCAGAGCAGAGUGACAGUUCUGCUCUGGCUAAGAAAGCAAAGGCUGAACCGCUGCAGCCAGAGAGGAGGGAGACAAGAUCGUCUGCCAGCAGUCGGGGUUCAUCCGGCUUCCCCUCGGUGCUGGAGUCCUCCGAGGUUUCCACGGAAACGGGCCGGACGAGCCGCUUCCCCCAGCCGGAGCUGGAGAUCUCGUUCAGCCCGCUGCAGCCCAACCGCCUGGCGCUGCGGCGGCAGGGCGACGACAGCGCCGUCACCGUCAAGAUCAGCCGGACUGGACGCAAGAGGAAGAGCGGCGAGAUGGAGAAGGAGGAAGUGGAGACAGAGAACCGGAGGAACACCAGAACCAAACUCACACCAAAGCUGAGCCCACGGACAGAGGAGAGCGCUACCUCCCAGAGCAGCCUCCGCAGCAGGAAGGAUGGCACGCUGCAGAAGAUCGGAGACUUCCUGCAGAGGUCCCCGACCGUGCUGGGCUCUGGAGCCAAGAAGAUGAUGAGCCUGGUCAGCGGCCGUGUGGAUGCCCAGUCAGCCUCUUCCUCCUCUUCCCCCCUCCGUUUGACGGCCAAUAGGAGCAGAAAGAAGCUCUACAGGCCUGAAAUCUCCUGCCCCAUGGAAAUGCCCUCCCACCCGAUUAUUAACCAGGAGACGAAGGACGGCGACGGCAGCCAGCAGAUCAAGCUGCGCCUCCGCUCCAGAGUGGCUAAAUGCUAGCGCCGUAUCCAGUUAGCUUUCAUAUUACUGUCUUAAUGAAGCUGCUUAUGAUCGAGCAUAUCUCUCUGUCUGAGACGCUUUUAUUUAAUCAUUAAUUUGACCUUUAAGCUGAAGGUCAGCAGGAGGAUUAGCAAUAAUCUGGUUAACGCUUAAACCCUCCUGCAGCAUGCUGCCUGUAGUCAUUAAUAUGUUUAUUUCACCAAGUAUUUUUAUGUUCAUGUUACACUUUCUGUUCAUUUAUGAUCAAAUGACUCCACCCUCAAGACACUAGAAGCACUCAAGCCCUUCCCGGUUAUUUUAAUGUGCAAUCUGUUUAGAGUUUCCUCAUCUGUCCUAAUAUAGUUUAUUUAAUGUUUUCUCCACAGAGAGCUGCUAUAAAGUCACAUUAUUUUCUACCAUAGUUUGAUCUUUCUGAACCAUCUGGACUUCACAUAACCUUGAAGCUCUGAGUUAUCAUGUUCUGGGGAAUCUUUUGUUACAUCCUGGCCAUAACAAAUUUAUUUUCAGCCCUAUUAAAGGCAUUUAUUAUAAAAUAAACUAUAAUAAAGAAAAGUGGUGCCUGCAGCCCGAGAGCCCAGAAGAAUCUUCUCCCUCCUUCCUGUUCAUGCCAUCUCAUCCGGGCUUCCCGGUGUCACAUGUCGUCUCCGGACCGCCAACGUGGCCGUCAGACGCCGCCUCCUCCCAAAACCGCGACAAGAACAGAUUAAACACAAACAGUGACGGUCGCAGACUCCGCCCCUAACCAGCAGGAACAUCCUGUAAGACCUGCAACAAAAUACCACUUGUCUUUAAAUUUAAAACUAUUUGAUAUUAAUAUUUUAAAGCACUUAAUUUUUCUUUAAUGAUCUGUUCUGAAGAUUCCUGCAGACGUUCAGAUCUAAAGGACAGAAAUGAUUCUACAUUGAAGAUCUGAACCCAGAAGAACCGAGAGGUUCUGGAGCUCUGACGAGUUCUGUGAAGUCUGAUGAGUUUAACUGGCUCCUGGUCUGGACCCGGUUCAGGUCUGGACCCGGUUCGAUCCUGAACACGAUUCGGCUCUGGACCCGGUUUGGUUCUGGACCCGGUUCGGCUCUGAACCGAUUCAGCUCCACUUUAUCUCCUUCCAGUCUUUAGGCUGACGAACAUAAAGGCUGACUCUGCUGUUAGAAAAUGUUUCAGUCAUUUUUCUGUACUGGUGCAUCUAAAAAUAUAUUUAAUACAUCAUAAAAGUUUAAUAUUUCUUGUUGGUCAUCUCAGAAAGUGAAACUCAUUUCUAUAAUCGCACAGUAAUAUUUUACAGGUCUUUGUUUGGGAAAUAAUUUGUAAUUUUGAUGAUUAUGGGUAACACAGGACUACAGAUAAUUAUCAGAAACCUGACAUUUCAGCUUAAGCAUCUAUUUUUGAUUAAAUUGUGAUGCUCUUAUUUUCUAAGACUCUACUAAGGUUUUUUUAAAUCGUGAACCAUAAUAAUUAAGACUAAAAAAGUAAAAGCUUCAUUUAUGUGUAAUCUUAAAUAGAAUAAAAUAAUAAAAAAAUGACAGACUUUCUGAGACGACUGGCUAGACAUAUUGCACUUUAACACAAUAUUCUAAUUUCUAAGUCUGAGCUCUACUGCUGCUUAACUCCAGUUUACCUUAGUGGGUAAACUGGAGUUGGGUCUUUGGGUUCCUUGGUUCUGAUCCUUUAGAGGUUACGUUAUUUUUCAUUCUGUAUGUUUAUCAUGUUUAUUCUCCCUGUUUGCACCUGAGAAACUGAUUUAAAAUAAACCUUGAUUCAGAAAUGUAAACUUUCUUUUAAAAUGUUUUUUUCCUCUGUAUCGUUUCUUGUUUAAUUAUUCACGGUUCUGCAAUUGUUCUGCUAAGAAUAUUUAAUUAUUCACGGUUCUGCAGUUGUUCUGCUCAGAAUAUUUCCCUCCUGUAAAUUAGCUCCCUACUUCUAGCAGGGAGCUAAUCAGUCACUGCACAGAAACAGGCAGUAAAUCAAUCAUGGAGGCGUUCUGACUGGAUUCCAGCACUCAGAUGUCAGAAAGCUGCUUUUCCCUCUAAUUAUGUUCAGCACAGAAAACCAGGAAAACAUGAACCUGAAAGCUGCGUGACAGGAACCCUCCUCACCUCUGAGCAUGUCAAUGUGAUUCAUGAACAACUGGAUCUUAAAGUCUGAAGAAGUUCUGCUCUCGAUUCUCUGAAGGGAUCAAGGCUGCAAAGCUGCUCUUCUGUUCAGCUUUCAGAGGAAACGCUGCAAACCCGCCGCCUUGUGACGCCACGCUUUCAGAAAGUUUAACUGUCAGAAGAAAUGUGCUGCCUGGAUCAACAGAGGUGGAACAGCAAGAGACUGAAUAAAGGCUCCAAAGAUGUCUGACCAUUCAGCAGCACAAACAUUCAAUCUGAACCGGUUACAGGAAGUUCUAGCUGGAUGUCAACCAGAAUUUAAAAUAAUAAUUUAUCCGCCCUUCGUUAUCCCGUUUACUUAUUGACUGAAGGCCGACACCAUUGGACCCAAAAUCUCGUCCUUGUUGACGUGAAUUUAGACUUUCCUGUUCUAGGUCAGUUUGGAUGAACCAAAUUAUUUUCGGUUCCCGUUGUUCUUUUGGCUCUUCACAUUUUUUGUUCCUUAAUUUAUUAUCCAACAAAGAAAUGUAGGAAAAUAACAUUUUAUUUGAUGAAUGAGAUCAGCUCCUAGUUGGAAUGACCGUAAAGUAAAAUGUGCAUUUAAGUUUUAAAAUACCAUGUGAGUUUAUUUGGCUUUUGAUGGUUACAUUUACAGAUUUAGCUGCAGAAAACUGAUGGAACUGGAGCUUUUAAUUCAGAAAACAUGUUUGUAUUGAACCAGCAAUCAGAAAACAUGCUUCUGCUGUAUGACAGUUUACUGCUCUGAUGUAGUGGGUCUUAAAUGUUUUCUAUGUGUUGCUUUUCUUUGUAUAAAACACCAGCAAUAAAUCUCAGGCUCGGAAA